AUGCAUUUCUCAAUCAUCACCAUUGCUAUCUCUCUAGCCGCCUCCGCCAUGGCAGCACCGGUACCAAGCAAUGACGAGAUCGUGAAUGUUGGUGAUAUUGUCGCUAUCAAGCGUGACCCAAUUCCCGAAGAGAACAUAGACGUUCUUCCGGGCGGUGUUGCCGUCGGUGGAAUUCUGAAGCGUGAUGCCAUUGCCGAAGAUGAUCUCCUCCCUGGCCUGGUUGAUCUUGGCCCUGUUCACGUCUAG